AUGUGGUUUCUUCAGUCAAGCUAUCCGCAGUUGGGAAUUGGACUGAUCAUGCUCCUCUCAAUGUCGGCAGGAAUCAGUUCGUCUAUGGCUCUAGAAACAAUCCUCCUUCACCGAGGCCGAGAUCAACUGCCGUGGAAAGUCGCAGCAAAGACGGCUACUGGUAUGCGUCUGAUCUCGAUGUUAGCGAUGGAGGUCGCCGAAAAUGUGGUUGAUUACCUGCUGACGGGUGGUACUGUGGAGCUUGGAAGUGCACCAUUCUGGCUUGCUGCUGGCGCUGCCAUUGUCGCAGGCUUUCUGACACCGCUUCCGUACAACUACAUCCGCUUGCGCAAAUACAACAAGUCGUGUCAUUAG